GAAUGAAUCAAAUGCUUUCCUAAAAAAAGAAGGGCAAAAAUUCAAAUGUCCCAACAAAUAAGCUUUCAUUUUCAAAGGAAUUAUAUACAACGGCUGAAGAGGUGCUGGAUGGCUGUAGGCUGAUGCAUUCCGUUAUAUGAAGUUCAACUUGCUUCUUUUUUUUCCGUUGGUGUCCUCCUGUCUUUAGAAUCUCUCUAACUUUUAAGUUCACGUCUGCUAUUCUUGCUAACACUCCACUGUUUCUCAACGCUAUUUCUCUCAAUUCUGAACUCUGCCUUCCUUUGAGAAAAUGGAACAGUGGUUCUUUUUUAGCAGAGAUUCUGGCUGGGAAGAUCGAGGGAAGAGGCUGCUGAAUCGUUCAAGGCAGUUCAAAGUGGACUACAUGAGACUUUGUGUGGCUGUCCAGCACAAAGACUCUAGCAAACUGAUUGCUGAAUUCCGAAGUCUACGACAACAACAAAUUUUCAUCAACAUCAAGAGUUGUUUGGGGCGUGAGGUAGAUGGGUCAAAUGUGCAAUCUUCUGUUGGAGCACACUCGAUGCUGAAGGUGAGGGAUUUGCAUGAGGAUGAAGAUGGUAUGGAAUCAAAUGAUGAAUGAUGCAUACCCAUGACUGACUUGAGCUUCUCCUAGUAAUAGUGAUAAACAAUCUUUUGCUUUGUGAACAUGAUGUUCAACAUUUUGCUACUUAAUUAUCAAACUCAUGUCUCUGUCAAAGAGUAUUUAACAUAGCUACUUUACAUGCUUUUAACCAACUUAAGUUGUUUGGUUUGGUUUGUAAUGGAUUUGAUGUUGGGGUCAACAUUUGUUUCACUUUUGUAUGUAAUUAUAAUUAAAUGGGCAG